AUGCUGUUACAUGUAUUGUUAUUGUUACUAUUAAAUAAUGAAUAUCAUAGUCAAGCAGAAUUCACCAAUCAUUUCAAUUAUUUCUUAAGUAAAAAUUAUGGAAUCAAAACGCAAAAACUUCUAGAAAGGCUCGACAUGGGUCUUCACUAUUGGGGAAGUUUUGGUGGAAAGCUGAAUGAAAAUGACCCCAUAAAUAAUAGACCAGUACUUUUUGUGCAUGGAGCGCUUUCAAGUGCUUUCAUGUUCCUGAGACAUUGCGAAUACUUUGUUUAUAGAGGAUACUCUCGAUCUGAGCUUUAUGCUACAACAUACGGUACUGGUUUAAAUUCAGCAAUUUUCGAUGGUGUUCAUUGCAAAUUCAUCAAACAGAUCCGUCAAAUGUUAAUAGCUGUGAACAAUUAUACGGGGAAAACUGUUGAUGUUAUUGCGCAUUCCAUGGGUUCAGCGAUUUCGAGGAAGGCUAUUCUGGGCUCUUUUUGCUUUGAUACAAAUGAAUGGCUUGGCACUUCCCUCACUCGACUGGUAAAUACAUUUAUAACUGUUGGUGGCACAAAUCAUGGAGUGCAGUUUUGUCCUUCAUUUAUCUCUCUUUGCGGUGGCGCUUCAUCCUUACGUUGCAGCUCCAAGCUUAUGAAAGAAUUAAAUUCGCAACCUUAUCGCUUCGAAGGACGCAGUUCUUACGAUAUAUACAGUCUCAGCGAUUCGAUCAUCGGCCUUGUCUGUUGCAACAAACUUUGUGGUGUCUUACCCAAUCAUAAUGCAUCUUUUUGGGUCGCCAACAUGAACCAUAUUGCGAUACUAACAGAAACUAUUACGUUACAAUUAUCACUUCUGAAACAAGCAGACUGA